AACAAAGAGAGGAUAGAAGAACCAAUUGCGGUAUUCUGGUUUACUAUCAUAUAGAAUAGAUAUGAAGAAACGAGUCCCACAACUGCAAUUAGGAAGAACACAGAAACAUUAACAGCAACACUUUUGACACACCCUUCGAAGAGUAGCAUUCUGCACACUGGCAUACUUCCUGUCACUUCUUGCUAAAAGACUCCUUGUGAGCACUCCGAAAAGAUUGUCGCCUUUGUUUUUCUCUCGUUCCUUCGCUCGUUUAGAAUGUGCUGGCGCUGCCAUGGAACGCAAGGAAAUGGGUAUUAUCUACGAACAAGGAGUGGAAAAGGAAAAGUUCAAUGUAGAUAAUAUCCUCCAUGUGUUCUUGGUGCCAAACGGAGAUAAGAAAGAGAACGCCUACAUUCUCUGUGAUAGAGAAGAGGUUGAUGGAGCUCUUAUCGACCCCGGAACGAACGAGUACAAGCUGAUCCGCGCUCUCGAAGACUACCGUGUGAACAUCACGAAAGUCUUCAUCACGCAUGCUCACGAAGGUCAUGUGAAAUGCAUUCAAGAGCUUCUGCACGACAUCGGAGAUCUCACGAUCUACCUCAAUGAAGCAGAUCGUCCGCUCUUCGAUUCCAUCGUAGCGAAAGGCCUGACCGCAGAAGACGAAAUGCAAAUCAAAUACUUGAAGCACAUGGAUGAAGUGGCCGUGGGAAGCCAUAAGGGAAAAGUGUACCAUACGCCGGGACACACGCCAGGCUCGCUGUGCUAUCACUUCGGGAACUUUUUGUUCACUGGAGACACGCUGAUGUGCAACAAAGUGGGCGAGACGACUGCUGAGGGAUCGGACUUGGAAUUGAUGAAGAAGUCGAUUAAGGAGCUGAUUCUGCCGCUGCGGAAGGAAACGAUGAUUCUGCCUGGACAUGGACCGUUCAGCAGUGUGGGAACCGAGGCUCUGUUCAAUCCUGUGGUGGGAAAGAAGGGAAAUCAGUGA